AUGACAGAGACAGGCGCGGUCGAGUCUGUAAGCAUCGACAAUGACCGAGGAAGAGGCUAUUUCGCCCAAAAUAGUACCCUUGUCGAGGUUGACCUUGCUACACUUCAAGUCGUUUCACAGGAAACAUUUCCAUUUCCCGUCGCUGCUCUGUCACAGGCUCGCAAUUCAAGUCUGGUUGUAGGCACGAACUGGACAGUACACAUUCAUGAUCCUCGCAACAAGUCAAGGUCGGCGGUGAAUCCUUCUAUGCAAUGCGAGAUUAUCGGCGGGCCUGCAUCUAGUCAUGCAUCACUCUCCCAACCUGGACCUCUAUCCAUUCUAGAUCGAGUGCAAGAUGAAUCCAUCUGGAUAGCCGGUAGAUUCACCCACCUACUAAACUACGAUCGUCGCUUCUUCCCCAAAGUGCGUGGUACAGUGCACUCUGGAGGACGCAUAUCCUGUAUCACAGAGACACCCCGACCAUAUGUUUCACGUUCUUUGGAUCUGCUUCAGGAUCCUACGAUAUCGAUCUCAGAUGUGUAUAUUGCAAAGACUGCUCCUGGGUCAACUAUCUUUGCUGCUGGCGAGUACAAGGGAAAAGGCAGUCUUGAAUUUUACGGAUUGGCACCUUCGAGAUCAGGAUCCGUCAUUACAGAGAGUUAUCGAAAUCGGCAGACGGCCGCUUCGACUCGAUUGCUGUCAGUAGCGGCCCAUGGAAACUCUACAGUGUUCAGUGAUGGCGAUGGCAACCUGAAGUGGGUAGAACGAGAUGGCAUGACGACUGUCCGAACCUAUAACAUCAACGAGGCAGUCGAUACGCUGUCCUUUAACCAAGCACAGAGCUCAGCUCAGAGGCCAGAUGACGAGCCAUUCCAAGGCGAUAUCGUACAAAAGAUCAUGCCUUUGCAACCAUCGAUGGGCUCGUGGUCUAGUAAGAGGUUAGAUGUGAAUCAAUCAGAUCUGAUACUCAAGACCGGCGAUGGCCGAAUAGGAGUGUUGGGAUUCGGCCACAAGACGCUGUAUACCAGAGAAGAGGAGGAGAUUGUGGUAGAGACUACUGAGGAGAGGGUUAGAAGGGAUGCGGAGAAGCAAUACCGAGAGACUCUGGGACGGGCAUUACAAAGCCAGGCCGAUGAAGUGAGAUUCAUGAGAGGCCUAGGAAUGGCAUUUGGUAUGAGUUAG